CACGAUCGGCGAUAUUGGCUAAAAAUAGCUUGAUCGGUGAACCCCAAAAGCGCCGAUCAUGUGACGUAAAGUACUCGCGCGAGUUUUUCCACACGUGCACGCUCGGCGCACAGGUAAACAACAGCAGAGCGGAGCUUACUGGUGGCAACAUGAGUUCUCCCGUCUGGAAGUUUUUCAAAGUGUCCAAAAAAGACGUAAAGUUAGCCGUUUGCAAUGUAUGUCGUGAUGAAAUCCCUCGAGGUGGAAGCAAGCAACGGCAUUUUAAUACCACUAACAUGAUUAGGCAUCUUAGAACACGCCAUACAACUGAAUAUGCCGAGUAUGAGAAACUAAACCAGCCGAAGCCAACAACAUCCCCAUCCCUCAACCAGACGACUGUGAGUGAUGCAUUUAAACGACGUGAACCAUACAGCAGGGAUAGUACGAAUUGGAAAGACGUCACGUUAAAAAUUAUGAAAUUCAUUUGCCUCGACGAACAACCUUUAUCCGUUGUGGAGGAUAAAGGGUUCCGUCGCCUGCUAAACUGCCUUGAUCCACGAUACGACCCCCCAGGUAGGAAAUACCUAACUGAUGUGUGUCUCCCCACGCUGUACCAAACAGUGAACACAAACAUUGACAGGCUUCUGAAGGAUAGUGUAUAUAUUAGCUUCACAAGCGAUAUAUGGAGUGCAGACGCAUGUCCAAUGUCCCUGCUAAGCUUAACCGCACACUUUAUUGACUCAAACUUCGAAAGACACAACAUUGUGCUACACUGUCAGGAUUUCACGGGGUCACAUUCUGCGGAGGCUUUGGUGAACGCAUUUAGCGGCAUGUUUCAGUCACGGGGAAUCCAAAGAGAACAAAUCCACGCAAUUUUAACAGACAACGCCAAAAACAUGCAGAAAGCAAUGAGAGACGCAGAUUUCCCUGGCCUGCCGUGUGUGGCACACACUCUCCAGCUUGUUGUGCAUGAGGGGCUAUUAUCCCAGCGAAGUAUUUUGGAUAUCACAGCCUCGGGGAGACGCAUCGUCGGGCACUUUAAGCAUUCUCCGUUGGCAUAUUCCCGGCUGGAAAAUGUUCAAAAGCAACUCGGCCAGCCGAUUAAAAAACUCCGCCAGGAUGUGUCCACUCGAUGGAACAGUACAUUGUACAUGUUCCAAAGUCUGUUAGAACAGAAACUGGCGCUUGCAGCCUAUGCUGCAGAACACGAAUUGCCAUGCACGCUCACAAUUCACCAGUGGAAAUUAAUUGAAAAUAUGGUCUCUAUCCUCGCCCCAUUUGAAGAGCUCACGCAACAGAUCAGCGCAUCAACUGCGUCCGCCACGGAUGUGAUUCCGUGUAUAAGGGCUCUCACCCGACUCUUGGAGAAAACGGUGGAGUCUGACCAUGGUGUGAAAACAUCCAAAACAGUACUACUGGAAGCUGUCAGAAGACGAUUCGCUGAUACUGAUACACAGAAGCUAUAUGCAAUUGCCACGAUGCUAGAUCCAAGAUACAAAGACAGAUACUUUCCAGAGGAUCUCAAACCAACUGUGCGUGAUCUGUUUCGGGACGUUGUUACAGCCCAUUGCCACACUGAACUGCCAAGUACAAGCAGCGUGGAAGUGCCCGGUUCCAGCAGGUCAACAGAAAAAAGCCCAUCAGCUUGCUCUUUACAGGCAAUGUUUGCUGAACUAGUGGAGGAGGAUACAGGACAAAAUGAUGAGGAAAUCACGGUCGUCUCGCAGAUCAACCACUAUCUAGUAGAGGCCUUAAUGCCACGCAGUGGACAGCCACUUGCUUAUUGGCAGGCGAAUAAAGGCCGCUUCCCUGCACUUGCACAGGCAGCAAGAGCAUAUCUUUUGUUCACCAUGCACAAGUGUGGAUAGUGAGCGACUGUUUAGCACUGCUGCAAGUGUUAUUGAUGACAAAAGAAACCGGCUGACAUCAAAAAAUGCGGAGAUGCUCAUAGUCAUCAAGCGAAACUUGCCUUUUAUGAUUGAGACCUGAAGGAUUUUGUACUCUGUGUUAGGAGGCUGAUGCCCAGCAUGUUUUGGUUUGAAAACAUUUUGUGGCCAGUAAUUUAAUUUUAAUAUAUUAAAAAUUUUAUUUACAUUUUACAAGUAAUCUGGGCCUAUGUAAACUCAUACCAUCCCAAGUUCAUCUGGUUGGUAACUAUCUGCUGGCCUCAUUUUUUCUCUCCCUUGUUAUUUAGAAAGGAUGUCAUUGGCUUACAGUAGCUUACAUUAUUUUAUUUUUUGGAUCUGAUGUAGUUGGUUCCUCAGACAGCUACAUCAAAUGUUCAUAAUAACAACAGAAAAAAACACUUGCCAUAGUUUUGUCCUUUGUGGCAGUAAGCAGUUUUAGUGUAACAGUUUUACAUUUUGCUGCCAACUAUAAAAUGUAAUCAUUGUAUUAAGAGGCUACUUCCCAUUAAUCGGAUCUGAUGUGUGUUGGUCUGCCUGACCCCUCUUUGUUUGGAAUAAUUUACUAAGUUACUCUGUCUUAUUUGGGAAAGAUGGCCUACAGUAGCCUUAAGUUCUCAUUUUCUAAAAUAAACACUUGGUGGUUCUUCAAGAUCUUGACUGUAGCCUAUUUAUACAUUGUUUUCCUCAAUACAGUUAAUUUAGAGUUAAUUUCAUUUCUAAAAAUGCUGCAAACCCUGCUAGAUUACAGAUAAAAGAUUCCCAUUCCCCUGCCAUUAUGUGAUC